AUGGCCAAGAUUAACCGAUGCCACGGAUCAUCGACCGCAUCCCUCACCGAUCCGACAAGUUGCGAGUUGUCUGCGGUCAAGAUGAUCGACUUGGGUAUGCUAAAAAGCUCUUCAUCGUCGUCGAUGUCUUUGGCGUCACACCCGUGUUCAGGCGCUGACAAGCUUCGAAUUCGCCGUCGGAAUAGCAGCUCCGCAAGCCCAACCCCUCGGACCAUCUUCUCAGGGAUACAACCAACAGGCAUACCGCAUCUAGGUAACUAUCUGGGCGCGCUUCGACAGUGGGUCAAAUUGCAGGAUGAAGCCACCCCGGACACGACUUUGUUGUACUCCCUAGUCGACCUUCACGCGAUCACUGUUCGUCAAGAUCCCAACCAGCUGCGCCAAUGGAAGAAGGAAAGCCUGGCCAUGCUGCUUGCGAUUGGGCUUGAUCCCAAUCGCAGUAUCAUCUUUCAUCAGAGUGAUGUGCCAGCUCAUGCAGAGCUGAUGUGGAUCUUAUCCUGUCAAGCGAGCACUGGCUACCUUGGCCGCAUGACGCAGUGGAAGGAUAAGACUGCCAGCGCAAAGGAAAACAGUGAGAAGCUGAAGCUCGGCCUUCUCUCCUACCCAGUUUUGCAAGCCGCUGAUGUACUGGUUCACCGAGCCACGCAUGUCCCUGUCGGACACGACCAAGCGCAACACCUUGAAUUUGCCCGGGAGGUAGCGAGUGGCUUCAACCAUGUCUACGGCCAAGACGUUCUGAUUCAACCCGAAACGCUCAUCAGUCCUGCGAAGAGGGUCAUGAGCUUGACCGAUCCUGCCGCCAAGAUGUCCAAAAGCCAUCCCAAUGCUCGAUCACGCAUCUUGCUCACCGAUUCAACAGAGACAAUCCAGAGCAAGAUCAAAGCAGCUGUCACAGAUUCGAUCGAGGGCAUUACGUACGAUCCCAGUAGCAGACCCGGUGUUAGCAACCUUAUCGACAUUAUCUACCACACCAACGACACCUCGGAUUACGCCAGCCAGGAUGAGUUGGCCCGGGAUCUCGCGAGUCUGAGUAUGAGAUCAUUGAAGACGCGCACUGCAGAUGCCAUUGACCGCGUGUUGGAACCCAUCCGGGCGCGAUACAGCUCCUUAAUUGGGGAUGAAUCAACUCUUAUCGACCUAGCCCAUACUGGCGCCGUCAGGGCUUCGGAUAGUGCUUCUGGGACAGUAGCCAGGGUGAGGAAGGCCAUGGGUCUAUCAUAA